AUGGCGCUUCGCGCCACGAGGCUCUCGUUGCGCAUAGCGCUGCUGCUUGCAGUCGCCAUCGCUGCCGUGCGUCCUGCUGCAGCUAUACCGCUAGCACCGUCGAAUGAUGGCAAUCAACCUCAGUCGAGCGUGCUCGACAGCCGUCUAGAGCACGGGUGCAGCUGGCAAGAGAGGCGCGUUGGCAAUUGCUACAACGGCCGGUCCAUCAAGACUACCGACGCGCUUGCGGAACGGGCAACCACAGAGACCGAUGACUUGGAUGGUCGCAAAUCCAUGUCACUGCUGUCUCGAAGCGGUGCAUCUCCCAAGUCCAGCAUGCUCGACAGCCGUCUAGAGCGCGGAUGCAGUUGGCAAGAAUUGCGCGUUGGCAAUUGCUACCGCAGCAUCAUGGACGAGCUCAGCGGUGUCGUGCAAGCACUGCGCAAACGAAGCACCGCGGACCGUCUUUCGAGACGUGAGUAGAACAGCGGAGACUGCUCUCGAUGUCACGGUAGAGUCUUACGGGUGCUGACCUGAGCGGCUCUCUCGACAGGUGACGACCACGACUCCACCGCAUUAGGCCCUCGCGCUAUCCACGCCCUUGGAGAACCUGGGACCAUUUCUCUGGUCGUUCGUGAUGAUUAUGCCUGCUAUUGCAUCGCUAACCCAAGCGAGUGCUCAUGGCAAGGACCACCGCCAAUUUGCAGCCGCUCCGUCAAAGCCGAUCACGCCGGCACUGCACUUGUCGAUCGCGCCACAAACGCCGUCGUAGAAAGUGGAUCCAUCUCUCUGGUCACUCGCGAUAAUUCGAAUAUCUGUUGGUGCAUCGCAAAUCCGAGCUCGUGCAUAUGGCACGGACCACCCGUAAAUUGCCGCCGCUCCAUCGCAGAGUCCAACCCCUUGUCUCACAUCGCGGAACAGAUUGAGCUCGAGCGUCGCGCCGACAAGACGCUUACCGUCUCUGCGGCUGAUGCUAGCGCGGAGCUCAAACGAAGACAACUGAACCCAAUCUACUGCGAGCAACAUCCCACUGCUCCAGGUUGUGGACACCCCAACAAAAGAGACCUGGCAGGCGCUGCUGCUUCGGCUGGUAGAAGCGCCGCCAUUCUUCCACGCCAGUCGGAGUACUGCAUGUACUUUCCCCUUGAUCCUGAUUGCCAGCCCAUGAAGCCGCCUGGACCCGGUGGGGGUGGAGAGCACCCUCCCAGGCGAAGCCUCGCAAGCGUUGGAGCUAGCUCAGAGGAGUAUGCCGAGCUGCUGCGACGUCUGGAUCCGCCUACCUUUUGCUCAACGCAUCCAAAUGCACCCAACUGCAAACCGCCGCGAAAGCGUAGUGUCGAGGAUGCUCCCAAGACUGUCAACAUGGGCGAGUCUCUAACGCGCAGGCACUUCUGUGAUCAUCACCCUGAUGCACCGGAUUGCAGCACGACGAGCGAGCUGGCGCGACGCGAUGGACCGGGGCCGUUCUGCGCCUCUCAUUCUACUGCACCCGAAUGUCAAGGAACUAAGCUUUCCCCACGAAAGCGGAGCAGCAGCAGCGGCAGCGAUGCAGGAGUGUCGUCGCUCCCACAGACACGUCGAUCGGAGCCUUGUGAAUACGGCAAGGAUUGCCCCGACUCCGAACCAAGCAAACGAAGUGCUAGUGCGAUGCUGAGUGUGGACGCAAGUCCUCGCGAGCUACAGCACGAGGACAGCAAGCAGAGUGAUGCCGCGACGCUAGAGCGACGUCUAAAUCAUUCUCCCUGUCCACCCAACGAGCCUCUGUGCGGCUACGCGUCUCCUCCUCCGCCCAAGAGGAGCGCUAGCAGCGCUCUGGGGAUGAUCGAUGGAAGUGCAAAGCUGCUUCCACGUCUCGCAGCGAGCCCGGCCUGCAUCAAGGACCCCACGAGCUUUGCUUGCACAGGAAAGCCACCUCGCCGCAGAUCGGAACGCGAGGUAGACCGUCGCGAAAACAGCCCACACGUUGGACUUUUGGCUCGCGCCACCGCCUGCUCUUCGCCUUUUCCCGACCCUGCGUGCUACGGCAUUCAAAACCCGCCUCAUAGACGGUCCAUGAAAGAAGCGCGCUCCGUCCCAACGAUGGAACCAAUCGAGCAACGCGCGCAGUCUCUCAAGCCUUGCGGCAAACUCCCUCCAGGAGCGCAGUGUCAGGGCGGCGGCUCCCCACCACCCAAGCGAAGUGUCGAGCAGGUCAUCGCGCGUGCAGCACCGCCAGUCCGCGAGAAGGAUCACUCUCGCCGUGAUGGUGAGUCUGUUACGCUCUCAGAUUAGGCAGACAGACGGUGCACGUGAGUAGAGACUGGGAGGGAUUGUAAACAUGAGAUUGUGCUGACGUAGUGCCUUUUAUCUGUUGCAAUGAUCUAGAGCCUGGCUGCCCGGGAACUCCCGCUGGGUACGGCUGCCCAGGGAUUCCAAAGUACACAGAGCCAGAUCCCGAAAAUCCCGGCGUUCCUCCCUGA